CUGUCAGGUUUGCAAUGAAUCAGGUAAAGAGAUUAGUUUGAAAAUUUGGCUUUUGUCUCGUGUUUUGUAACCUAAUUUUUUUCUGUCACUCCAGUUUAAAUUUGAAAAUAUAGGGUAUGCUACGAGACUAUAUAAAAAUUUUAAUAAAUGUUUCUAUUACUUUUCUAACAAAAUAUUUAAAAUUCAUAACUCUAAGCUACUGGUUAUUUUAUGGCGAAACUAUGACAGGGUCAACGAAGAGAAAACUGCGUUUGGAAAAUAAAAAGAAAAAAAUGGCAGCAUUAAUGGAUAUAGUUAAAUUAAAUGAAUAUGAUCGAGUACAGAAAAAUAAACAUGCCAAAAUAGAGGACAGUGUUAUUAUGAAACCUUUAAAAGAACCCAGUCUCAAGAAAUUAAAAACAGAAAACCACAUAAACGAAGACGAUACAAAACUGGAACCGUUGCCGCCGCCCCUUAUAGGUGAUCUAGGCCCUUCGGGCAAACCAAAACUCGAGGGCGAAGAGUUUAAAGAAUUGAAAAAAAUGCUAAGAGAAAAAACGCAAAAAACUCGUAACGUCCCACAACUUCGGUUAAGGGAAUUAGGCACAAAUGCAAGUGUAAAUAUUGAAAUAAACGACAGGGUACCUCUCUUCCUUUCGGACCUACAACACCUUAUAAUGUACUCUCAAAUUGGUGUACAUUCCCCUUAUUCGCCAGCAAGAUGGUGUGCAUUGGAGAAAUACAGUAAACUAAUUAAUACAAAUUUACUGAUAGUAGAAAAUGCAUCCCUUUACCACUUUAGUGCACAUGAAAGUAUGUUCCCCUUUCUGAGUUCAACUUUUGAACACAAAGUAGAAAUGAUUACCCCCAGUUCAUAUAAUAGUGACAUUGUAAAGGAUUUAUCUAUGGUCCCCUUAACAGGUACACAGAUGAAAAAAUUCCAGAACAAUUUUGGGAGUUUAGAAAAAGCUGUUCUUAAUAGUAAUGAAGUAUUUGAUACAGUCAAAAAUUUCUUUCCAAUAGAAGAACCAGAAAUAGUCGAAAAGCUACCCACAAAUAAAAGCUUACCGGCAAAUGAUAAAUUUUCAAGGACUGAAUUGUUGCUGUCUGGGUGGCAGAUGGUAGAAGAAAACUUUCCAUUACCAAUUAAAGGUUUAAUGGAGAGAAAAUAUACAGGUUAUGUGUUGACUAAAGACAAGUACAAACAUGUCACUCCGUUUAGUCCAAUGUAUGCUAUUGAUUGUGAAAUGUGUAGAACAUCUACAGGCGAAUUGGAACUCACAAGGAUAUCAUGUGUAAACGAAAAACUAGAAGUCUUCUAUGACACUUUGGUCAAGCCCGAUAAUGAAAUAGUAGACUAUUUGACCAAGUGGUCAGGUAUUAACAAAAAGAUGAUGCAGAACGUUUCAAAAAAAUUAAAGGACGUUCAAGAGGAUCUAAAAAAACUAUUCCCCGAUGACGUCAUAUUGGUUGGUCAAUCAUUGGCCAACGACUUGCACGCUCUCAAAAUGAUGCAUCCCUAUAUUAUUGAUACUAGUGUAAUAUACAACAUAACUGGUGACAGAUCUAGGAAAUCGAAGCUGCAAACUCUAGCCAGGGAAUUCUUGAAAGAAAAAAUUCAAGUUAGCCAUCACGGUCAUUGUUCUACUGAAGACAGUUUAGCAUGCAUGAAACUACUCCAACUUAGGCUAAGGAAACAUUUGUAUUACGGAGAUGCCGUCAUGGGUGGUGUAAAGAAUGAUUUAAGGACAUAUCCAGAGAUGGGAACUUCACAAUUUGCUACUAGUAUGUUAAGGCAGUGUGUCAAAGUUGAUAAAAAGGCUAGCGUUAUAGGUGUUGAUGAAAUAGGCCUUAAGUACAAGUUUUAUGUGGACAAAGGUGAACAAAAAGAAGUGGAAAAUAUUAGUUGUAGUUCGAAGAAAUCAAACAAAGAAGUGGUUCGGUUGUACUGUGAUUCAUUGAAGAGUUAUUCCUUGAAUAUCGCUCAUGUGCGGGUAGCCGAUAAUCAAUUGGAGGGUACUAAUUGUAAGAUAUUUAAGAAUUUAGAUAAAUGGGUUAAGGAGAUGUACGAACAUAGUACAGGCCCCAGUUUGCUUAUGGUUUUGUUUGGUGGACAGAAACAGGCCAAUGGAGUGUGUUUCUUGCAAAUUAAGAAGGAUUUUUUGUAAACAGUACGAUGAACGCCUUGUUUGAAGAGAAAAACACUUUAUGUGUAAACUGUAUUUAAUUAAUUUGAUUUAUAUAAAUUUUUUAUAUGUUUUCAAUCGAAUAUUUGUUCAUUUUGUCAUCUAUAUCAUUGUUACAAUAAACCUUCAACAUUUAU